CCUUACCAUUACAAAUCAAAAUUUGACAAGUAUCUUAUCAAUGCCGUGUAUUUGUUAAUUCAAUAAAACUUAUUUUAUAUUUUUUUUGUAGCGUUUCCAAGUGUUUCAAGUAGUAAUUUAACGAUGGAAGAUAUGGCUAGAUUAGCUUUAGUGGAGCAAAGUGUUCGGGAUACUGAUAAAUUCGGUGAUAUUCUUUACGAAGUUCUGCGACACAUAAACACUAUUCUAGAAAAUCCCCACGAUUACGAGUUACGAACGAUUAAGAGCGAUGUUUUGAAGAAGUGUUUAGAAUGUGAGGCUUUGGGUGACUAUAUGAAAUAUGUAGGGUUUCAAUCGGUAGCAGACAGUAUGACAUACCCCAAGGAGUACUCUCUAAGCAAGUUGAGGAUAGCUCAAGCAACCAUUGAGAGAAAGCUGUGCUUCUGCUACGGUGCCCUGGACCAGAGCAAAGUCACCGUAAAGUCUUUCCAAAACACACCGGCUAAAAAGCCCAAGUUUAUACCUGCAAAUAUUUUGAAAACCCACAGUCCUCUCCUGUUGAAGAUAGAAGCAUUGUUCAACAACAUGAUACAGUAUGAAGAUGAUGAGUUACAAGAACUUGCCCGGGCACACAUACCCAUCGUGACAUUGCAGCUGAUGGCGAUAGAUAGACUGAGAGAGCAUCAGAAGAAGAUCAAGUCUGGCGAGAUUAAGAGCUUAGACCUGCCGUUCGACAUAGCUUUACUGAUGGAGCUGCUUAGCUGGUUCAAAUACAAGUUCUUCUCGUGGGUGGACACUCCUGCGUGUGUCUGCGGCGGCCUCACAGAAUAUAGCGGCAGCACCUCUGUCAACACUGGCACUGAGAUUUGUACUGUUGAAAAAUACUACUGCAUCAGAUGCGAGAAAACAAUCGACUUUCCCCGGUACAACGACCCGCGCGCGCUUCUGAGGUCGCGUCGCGGCCGCUGCGGCGAGUGGGCCAACUGCUUCGUCUUGCUAUGUCGGUCUCUGGGCUAUGACACGAGAUACGUCUAUGAUAUCACUGACCACGUCUGGUGCGAGGUUUUCGACUACGACUCCAACACCUGGCUUCACGUGGACCCGUGCGAGGCUAAACUCAACGCCCCGCUGUUAUACAGCCACGGGUGGGGCAAGAAACUGUCGUACGUCAUCGCCGUGUCCCGGGACGACUUGCAGGACGUCACGUGGAGAUACACCAAUAACCAUAAGGAGGUAUUGACCAGAAGGAACAUGGCCAGCGAAGUGGAGCUGAUCGAAGCGAUACUGACUCUCAGGGAGCACAGACAGCGCCAGGUGUCGGACGCCAGGCGGCGGUACCUCGCCAAGAGGUGUCUGGAGGAGCUCAUUCAGCUCAUGGUGGAAAGAAAGGCAGUCGACUACGAAAGCCAUGGCCGGAUAUCCGGUUCCAAACAAUGGCGGACGGGCCGCGGUGAGAUGGGCAAACUGAAAAAAUAUACAUUCCAUUUUGAGCAACCGGGACGUUACCAGAUACGGUACUUCCCAACCAGAGACAAGUAUAGAGUGUCGCAGGAUGGGAAAGAGAUAGAUGUAAUACAGGAGUUCGCGCGUGCUGCGUAUGAGUGCAAGCGGAUGAUGUUGAAGGUCGAGCUGGAUUGGAAGAUGGUAUAUUUGGCCAGGAAUGAGGACUCCUCGGAAGAAGAGGGCACGAUAUCAUGGCGUCUUAGUACCAAUGACGACCUUAAAUACAAGCAGCUAAGUGUGAGACUGAAAUCAGCGUUGUAUGAUACUGGCCACAUAAAAUGUUCCCUUAAAUUCGAUGAUCGAGAAGAAAUUGACGCUCAACUCAAUGACACGCUAACAACAUUCGACCGCGAAUUCACUUCAGUCAUCAUCACAGCCAAGUUAUCUGGUGGUUCAGGAGAAAUAGCCUGGCAACAAGCUCAGCUAUGCCGAAUGUCCGUUGAAGAAAACAACAGCGGUUUGGACAUACAGGCCGUGCUCGAGAAUAAGUAACUUGACAGCUCAGACAAUAGACAAAGUAGACUUGAUGCUCGAUAGAAAACGAUCCUGUUUUUAUGGUGAUGUCCCACAUAUAUAAUUAUUUGUCUAAUAUUAUCGUUUCGUGAAUAGAAAUAUAUAUAGCAAUAUUAUUGGAUAAAGAAUUUUAUAUGUGAAAUAACGUCCUAUCGUAAACCUCGUUUAUGCUGCGGUUCAUUAAUACAGAUUGUGUUAUGCUAUCUCACUCACUUCGAUGCAGUCAAGUGAAAUAGAAUGUUCUAUAAAUUGUACAUAAUCAGUAAACUGUAUUGAGCGUUUCUUGCUCAGUGUGACUGAAUAUCUGCGCUAGUGUAAACGAGGAUUUACCUUAUUGCGUUUGUGAGCCAAUUAUAGACAGAGAAAACUAUAGACACAGUGUCUUCUAUUUCGUUCCAACAAGAAAACAUACCUUGAUCUGCCUGGUAAGUUUAUUUAAUAGUCAUUAUCUCAUGUCAUUGCGUUAAUUCUGCGUCUAUAGUUUUUCUUUGAAGCCAAUAUACCACGAUUAUUUCUGUUAUCAGGCUAACUCAUAGUGUUCCUAAUCUUUUUUUUGGCCAGGCGGUGAACUGUCAAUCACCUCAAUUUCUUAACUUGUAUGAAAACAUAUUGCCGUCUCGUUCCAACGAAUUUAUGCCAGCACAACUGUAAUAUAUUUCUGUAUGAUUCAGAAAUAAAAGUAUUACAAUAACACUUUCUACUGCCCUGGUUCAGAAAAUUUGUUUACUAUGUCCAUGUCCAGUCUGUAUGUCGUUGUCUAUGACCAGCACUAGUGGCGCCGCUCUGUUGUCAAAUUUCAAACAAGUCCAAGCUAUUUUUUGCCCUGUGGAACCCACGUAGCUAAAGGUAUACUGAAGACCGCACUAGUAAGACCUUUGUAAAACUUUGUUUUGUUUGAACUUUUAAUUUUUUUUUUGCAAUAUAUGUACAUUGAAUGACAAAAAAAAUACAAAGUACAUAUACUGCUGCCUCUUCCAUGUCUACCUCUCUUUCUUGCGCUUUGACAGAUGCAUACCUCUCUUUCUUGCCCUUUGAAAGGUAUACAACUUGCUAACCAUUAUACCUAUAUCUAAGUCUCACGAUUUUUAAGAAAAAGAGGUCGGGCCACAGAUGAAAGAGAUGGAAAUAUAUGUUCCUUGUAACAAAAAGUUGCCACUCCUGUACCUAUAGCUUCAUCAUGGCUGGUACCACAAGUAGGUACAAUUAGCACGUGAGUUUGGAUCUGACUGUCUAUAGUUUGCCUGCACAGUAGAAGCAGUAGGAGUUUGCUAUUGCGCAGGCAAACCAUAGGUGUCAACUCUCGUGGCAUGCUUUAGAAAACUUCGGUCAAUGCUGUAAAGUGCUAUUUUUUCUUGUCUGAAUAUAAGAUAAAGUUCUAAAAAAUGCAAAUAACUUUGUUGAGAGAAUAUUUCCCGCCCUACGUUAUACGCCUUUGUGUCAUUUUUAGUCGAAUUUAAAGCUUUAUUGUGAUUAUGUUGUGACUUAUGGGGUUAUACCUGUGCAAUAUUGUGGAUAAUUACAUAAAUAUCUAGUUAAGUAUAUAAGCAAUAAACUACCUAACUAGCUUAAAAACCAAAAUGCCUUAGUAUAGUUUUUGAUAAUGAAAUAAAAUUGUAUGUGCAUUGUUUAUCACUGAUUCUGAUGUUUUUGUCAGUUACCAAUUUUUUAGCAUAGAUUAGAUUUCAGUUAUUCGAUCAUGUCAGUAUAUUCCUGUAGCAUUUUAUGCAAAUUUUUAUUAUUUUUUUUAUUGUCAAAUACCAAUUUCAUGUAAACAUUCCCAUUGUAACUUGUUAAAUAAAAUGUUUCUUUUAGGUAUAUAAAUAAAAGUAAUUUAUUUUACUCUCAA